UGACGUGUUGUUUGUUGUGUACGCUACGCAUAGAAAACUUAGAUAAAAACUCUAAAUAAAUAACAACGAUUUAGCUACAAAGCAUUUACUCAUUAUUUAGCUAUACCAAGAAGUGUUAACAAUGCUGAAAGCAGUAAUUCUUAUUGGAGGGCCGCAAAAAGGAACCCGCUUCCGCCCCCUCUCUCUGGACACACCAAAGCCACUGUUCCCCAUAGCAGGAUUUCCACUGAUCCAGCAUCAUAUAGAAGCAUGUGCCAAGCUGGAGGCGUGCAAGGAGAUCCUGAUCAUCGAGCAUACACCACAAACUAUGGCACAGUUUGUCUCUGAUAUGCAGAAGGAGUAUCAUGUUAUUAUCAGAUACCUGCAAGAGUUCACACCUUUGGGCACAGGUGGUGGUCUGUACCACUUCAGGGAUCAAGUGCGCGGCAAUCCUUCUGCAUUCUUCCUGUUGAACGGAGAUGUCUGCGCUGACUUCCCGCUCAAAGAGUUGUGGCAUUUCCAUGAAGAGAGGUCUAAUGCUUUGGUAACAAUAAUGGGCACUGAAGCGACCCGCCAGCAAUCCGUCCACUACGGUUGCAUGGUACGCGAGGGUAGCACCAAGUCAGUCACCCACUAUGUGGAGAAACCCAACAGUUAUGUGUCCACGCUCAUCAACUGUGGCGUCUAUGUGUGUUCCUUGCAAGUGUUUCAUACUAUGGCGGACUCGUUUCAGAAGAAACAGGAUGUUUUUUAUAGUGGUAACGGCCAGACCAGUGCUCACCCUGGAUACAUGUCAUUUGAGCAAGAUGUGUUGAUGCAGCUCGCAGGAACUAACAAGUUAUAUGCUAUGCAGAUAACAAACUGGUGGUCACAAGUAAAGACAGCGGGCUCGGCUAUCUACGCGAACCGUCACUACUUGGAGCUGCACCGCGACCGCGUGUCUAAGGACAAGCCCUGCACCAUACUGCCCGAUGUUGUACACCCUACUGCCGUUGUUGACUCUACUGCUGUGAUUGGUCCCAACGUGUCCAUUGGUGCGGGAGUGACGAUAAAAGCAGGCGUGAGGAUAAAGGAGUCUAUCGUACUGAACAAUGCUACGGUGCACGAACAUGCACUCGUCAUGUAUUCUGUUGUCGGCCAAGAAGCGUCAGUAGGCGAAUGGUCCCGAGUAGAAGGGACCCCGUCAGACCCUGACCCUAACAAGCCCUUCGCGAAGAUGGAUAACACGCCACUGUUCAACAGCGAUGGCAGGCUCAACCCUUCUAUUACUAUAUUGGGUGCGGGAGUCGUGGUGCCAGCCGAGACCAUCCUUCUAAACUCCAUAGUGUUGCCACACAAACAUCUAUCAAGGAGUUUCAAGCACGAAAUCAUAUUAUAGUUCCUGAACUGGCAACACCGCGCAAGCUUUAAUACAGAUACAAAAUGUUUUGGCUUAGAUAGACUUUUAAUAUAAUAACGAAAUAUUGUGAAGCCUAAGAUUUUAUACAUUUAUAAUUUUUAAAUAUGUAAUUAGCGUUAGUUGUAAAAUAAGAAAUUGAAUGAAAAUAUUUUUAUUUAGUACCAAUUGCUUACAUAAAGCUACUCCAAUUUGUAAUCUCCCAUUCAACAUUGAAGCUUAUACUUGAGAGAUAAGGAUGAAGAUCCAUUGUCGAUAUUUAACAAAUUGUAGUAGCUUGAUAUGCUGCCCUCUUUACAUCACACAGAGUUUAUAUGUAUAACUAAAUUGACACUUACGUUGAACCUACAUUUAUCAGAGCGGAACUAAAAAACAAAUAUUUAGAAUUAUCUACAUCGAAUCUUGUAAUACCUCACACUCUUACCACGUUUAAUCACCCUAUUCGGCUGUUUUAUUAUAUCCCUAGUCGACAGGUGUAAGGCCCAGAGUUGACCUAAUUGGAUUGGACCAGAAAAGUUAUAAAAAACAAUACCUAAAAUUCCGUUCUUAUUCAAAUAUCUUGUCUCUGGCCAGUGAGUAGUAUACCUGAGCGGAGGAAUUCUAUUGGUUAGGGUAUAUCUACACGGUGCAUGUAGCUGCAGCAAGUUAACAUGCGCAAGUGACAAGAGCACGCGGGUGGGUAUUUUGCUUUGGUACAUGCGCGAGUCGCUGGACCCUCGCGUUUUUAAAAUGCAUGUACAUGUAACCUGCGUAUGUGCCUCGACAUGCGCAAGCUACUUGCACCCUGUAGAUGUACCCUUAUUUAUUCUGUGCAAAUUAGUAAUUCUCGUUCUUUAUUAUUUAUUAGGUUUAUGUAUGUAUAUCUUACUGAUAAAAAGUCCCUUAAUUUAUAACACGCGAUACUUUUGGCGUUAUCAUUUCCUUUCAUUAGUAUGUAUCAAUAUAAUUGUACGUUUAACUUAACUAAAUGUUUGAUUCGAAGGUUGACAGUUUUUUACAGGGUUUUACACGAAAAAAAAGAUGUAUGUAUCAUUAUGUUCCACUUACAUCUGUUUUCUUUUAUUCUUGUGCAAAAUAUUGUCUUGAUUGAACGUGAAAAUCACCGAGCUAGCUUGAUUUGAAAAAAUCUUUCAGUUAAAUACCCCAUAUGUUGAAGAAAGUUUAGGAUGGGAUACUUUUCCUUUAUCCGGGUGUGCGGAUUUGUUCACACGGGACACGGGUGUGAAUGUUGGCGGAAGUUAGUUAUCAAUAAAAUAUUCCACAAAAUUCUGAAUUUUCGCUGACAUUGAGCCCUGCAUUCACUUUCGACCAUUUUAAUUUUAUCUUUGAAUUUGUACAAGUCCAGCCAGUUUUGUUUUUAGCUAUGUUUUAUACGUAAAACCUUCGUUUCCGCUGUUUCCUUAUUCCGGUCGCCUUUCUGGCUAAGUGUUACUUUUAAUGUUAUAUUAUGUAACUGUUUGGUACUAUUGUCGCUAAAAUGAUUGAUAUAAUAAUAUGUAUAUUUUUGAGAAUAACUAAAGUCAUCUUUAUUAUAAAACUGGGUUUGCUUAAGCACAUCUAGCUACUUUGGAGAUUACUAAAAAACACUGUAUUUUCAUCAGAACUCAGAGCGUGUGCAAAAUUUCAUCCUAAUCGAAGACCGGGAAGUGGGUCAAAUUAAGAUUCCAUGAUUUUCUUACAUAGGUACAUAGUUACAAGUGAAGCUAACAUAAGCGUGUUUAUGUUAAUAAAGAAAAUCUAUUGAAAUUUGACAGAUUGUAGUUGCCUGAAGAAUCUAAUAAUUUGGACUUUCUUCAAUAUCCCUUUAAGCCGCUAUAAUGAUUGAAAACCAAAGCUUCCAAUAGUGUUAAAACAUUAGAUAUAUAGUUAUACAUUAUAUACAUACUUAUAUUGUGACGACAAUAUUUGGUAAGCUGCUAUUCUCUGAUAUUUUUUUUGCCGAUUUUGAUUCAAAUGUUCGACCAAAUAAGGAGUAACAGAAGCACAUUAUUUUGUUAAACAUAUUUGUAAUAUUUAUGUAUUUAAGAUAUAUGUAAAUAAAUGUAAUGUAUAGUUCUAAGUUUUGAUGGUGCUUCGAAUAAACUGAUUGAGCACA